AUGACGAUCAUACAGGACAUUCGAAAGUGGUUUUGGAAUCCUAAAUACUGGCUCGUCCAUAUUACAUGGGAGGAGUUCGAGAACCCCCCUCCAGGAGUAUAUUAUCCUCUAGAGAGACACAUUCUCCUCCCUAGUGUGGCCAUAGGAGUCAUUAUACUGGGUAUCAGACUUGUGUAUGACCGGUUUCUGUUGAUUCCAUUUGCGAAAUACAUGGGUCUCACCAUGAAGAAGAAAUGCUCGGCAGUGAAGAACCCUACUCUGGAGGCUGCCUAUGAGGUUGACAAAUACAGCGAAAGGAAACAUAUAGAGGAUUUAACAAAGAAAACAAGUCUUACAGAGCGACAGAUACAGAGGUGGUUUCGUCACCGACGCAACAAAGACAGUCCUGGCAGGAUGAAAAAGUUCAGGGAAACAGGCUGGUACUUCGUGUUCUACACAGUCAGCUUCUGUUGUGCUUUGUACAUUCUCUGGGACAAAAAAUACUUCUGGGAUUUGAAGCACUGCUGGAUUAACAACGGUAGACAUCAUGUUACCAAUGAUAUUUACUGGUACUACACCAUAGAGAUGGGGUUCUACUGGCAUUGUCUGGUCACUCUGAUGACUGACACCAAAAGAACGGAUUUUCCUGAAAUGGUCAUCCAUCAUUUUGUCACCAUUCUGUUGAUAUAUUUCUCCUUCAUGUGUAACCAGACUCGAAUUGGAGCACUAGUGCUGCUAUUACACGACUCCAACGAUAUCAUGAUGUCUGCUUCUAAGAGUGUCAACUAUUUAAAGAAACAACAAUUAGCGGAAGUUUUAUUCGUCUUGUUUUUCAUACUCUGGGUAUUUUCCAAGCUGUAUGUUUAUCCAUUUAUAAUAGUAUGGUCUGCCACUUUUACAUCACAACAGUAUAUAGAUAAUGCCACACGUUACCCUGUUUACUGGCUCCUAAACGGUCUACUGUGGGUACUACAAGUACUACAUAUCUUAUGGACUGUUAUGCUAGUCGGCAUCAUCAUCUCUAAGUUUACUGGGGACAAAAAGAUGAAAGACGUACGGAGCGAUACUGAAGAAUCCAGUGGAGAUAAUGACGACGAUAUUUCAAAGGAAAUCUACACUACCGGCAAUGGAUACGAAGGAAGCUUGGGCAGACUUUCACAAGUGAUCCAAGUAUGACAAGACGCGGCAUCAAAGACUUGAGCAAAUGACCAGUGUCAUUUAAGGACGUGCCAGGUUUGGGGAAGCUGGCGGAAAGUCGAAGUUCCCGAAGUACCUGGUACCUGACGACUGUUCCACGUAGGUCUCGAUCCCGCGACCCAGGAGUAGAGGACAAUUGGUAAAGACAAUCUUGCCUUAACCAUUCAGCCAUUCUGGUCCAUUAAAUAGAACGUUGGUGUAUCUAGCCAUGAAUAUUAUUACUGUAUGACAUGUUUAAUGUCAGCAAAA